AUGGAGGUGGCAGCAAUAGAUUGGAAAAGCAUUGAUUCGAGAUUUGUGAGAGAUGAGGUUUAUGAGCACAUCCAUGCCCCUCAAUGGGUCGAUUUCUCAUCUCCCAACGAUACCGUCGACGAUGAAGCCUGGUUCUGCAGACCCAGCUGUAAUCACCCCAAGACAGUUAAAGAUUUCUUCAAAGAGAAAGAGAGGACACCUACUUCGAAUUCUAGGCUUCAGAGAUCAGCUAGUGUAUCUGAAAUUCUUCCGAUCGACGAUAGAAACAGAAGAGAUGCAACAUUGAAGAAGAGAGGGAUGAAUCAACCUGUUAUAUCACCAAACAUGAAAUAUAAUAGGAUUGUUGAAGAUAGUGAAAAUCAAAAUCCCAGUGAAAAUCAAAAUCCCAAUUUUUCGACCCCUCCAAAUCGCAAAGGUUGUAUGAGGAAAGAGGCAAUCAAAUCAAGCACUGAGAGGAAGAAAGAGACUGAUGAUAUCAUGACAAUGAAAAAUCAAGCACCGAGGCUGAAAAGUACUUUGUCAGCUCGGAAUUUGUUUUCUGGUGGCGAUCUACUGAACAAGGUUGCAGAGUUCUGCAAUGAGUUGAAGAAAUUGGCAACGAGGGGAAAGGAUAGUCGACUUUUACACUUACCCCCUUUACUGGAGAAGCAUUUGGUUGAACAUUCACGAGAUUUGGACGAUAAAGAAAAGGAAAGGAUGCCACUGCUUCAGUCAAGUCAAGUAAAAAGUGAAGCGACUGAGAAGAGCUACUCAAAGGAGAAGCAAACAAGGAAAAAGAGAAACGAUGAUGCAGAGAAUACUCCCAUCGAUGUGGAUGUGAAUAACAUUAAGUGCAAAGAGGAAGAAAGUUUGUUACAAAUUCGGACUUCUCCUCCGACUCCACAAUGUUUCUCGGCCAGUCAUGGCCCUACCAAAGCCACGCCCAAGUCUUACAGGACGAAACCACAAGAGAGAGGAAUUCUAAAGGAGCUCAAACCGAUCAAUAAGAAGGAGAAAAGUGAUGAACUCAGGCACAAGAACAACCAUGGAAGAUAUGUUGCUUCUGCUAUAGCUGAAAAGGAAGCAAGAACUUUGGAUGUCUUUUGGUUCUUAAAGCCUUGCACCAAUUCAAGUUAG